AUGUUUAUAUGGAGGAUUAGAAUUGUAAGUGUUCCUCUGUCUGAAGAGCAGAUCAAGGGUCUUCUCAAGAGAUAUGACACCAACAGAGACGGCAAGCUUAGUAGGGAAGAGCUGAAGUCGGCCUUCAAAAGCCUAGGUUUGCAUUUCAGCGGCUGCAGAGCUAGACGCGCACUUCGCCACGCAGAUGCCAAUGAAGAUGGUUUUGUCAGUGAAGAAGAGUUGAAUGAGCUUGUCAGGUUACCACAAUGGACGAGCUAUGGAUGCACAAUUCCACAUCGCCUGAGUAAGGAAAAGGCGAAGUGCUUAUAUGCAGAGCCCAUUAAGGGUCUUCUCAAGAGAUACGACACCAACCAAGACGGCAAGCUUAGUAGGGAAGAGCUGAAGGUGGCCUUCAAAAGCCUAGGUUUGCGUUUCAGCGGCAGGAGAGCUCGACGUGCUCUUUGUCAUGCCGAUGCCAAUGCAGAUGGAUCUAUCAGUGAAGAAGAGAUGAAUGAGCUUGUCAAUAUAACGAAACAAGCUACUGCUAGUAUAAUGUCACGGAUUUUUGUUCCACAUCUUGGAGAUGAAGUAAGUUAUGGGCAACAACGGAGGAGAAAUCAGUAA